AUGUCUGCCCAGCUGCCCCACGAGGUCUUCGGGCUGGCCAUCUUUGUCAAUGCGCUCGGCUUCAUCGCCGUGUUUCUUGGCCUUCUGCUCUGUUUUAUGUUGUGGCGACAUGGCGAGGGUCUCAGCUAUAUCCUGUUGCUCGGCGUAUCGACCACGCUGGGCGCCGUGCAGGGAGUCGUCACCCAUCUCGACUACACAAUCAACUGGCGACAAAUACAGAUUGAGAGGUAUGAAGCAUUUCAAAAACCGCAGCGCGACCGAACCGCCAUGUUUGGCAAAUCCGACUCUGGAUGGCGCUCGGUCUCGGCUGCCAUCGGCAUUUACCUCUACAAUGUAGACUCACUUCUCGUCUUGUUCUGGGCAAUUACCCUUUUCAUUGGGACCUGGAAUAUCCGCAUCAAGUCGGAGAAGAAGAAAACCAUGGCCAUAGUCCUCAAAUCGACCGCUAUUCUCCUGCCAGCGGUCAUGGUAUCUCUCUGUCAGAUCAAAGCCUUGAGGGCCCGGCCGGUGCUUUUCUUGGUCGUCGUGAACAUCAUCAUGACUGUGUCAAUGGUUGUUGGAUUCUUCCUCGUGCUUGCAAUUCUUUACAAAUACUUGCUGGCUCGGAGUAUUUUCAGGCGCUUCUUCAAACGUGACAGGUCCACCAACGGCUGUUCAUCCAGUUUAGGCACAGUGUCAACUGUAGCCAGUGGGAACCGCGGAAGGACCACAGACAAAUGGCUGAUCGUCCGUUUCAGCCUCAUAAUGACCGUCUUGAUCGCCUUUGAGGCUGCUCUCAUCGUCUACCAACUCGUCAAUCUCCAGCGCAACCGCCACUCACAACGACCUUCGGCAGAAGUGAAGGGUCCCCGUCUGAGCAUUGAACAGGCCAGGGUCGAUCUUUUCCAAUAUAUUCCUGGCGUUGUUCCCAGCAUCGUCGCUUGGUGUAUAUUCGGCACCACAUACGUCUUCCGAAGAGAGUACAUGGCGUUUAUACGAGCCUGGUGUUGUUGCCUGUGCCUUCCUUAUCGCCAUCCGGACAGCGUCUGGCGCAGGAGUUCAUAUGGGCGUCAGGGGUCACUUGAUGCUGAGGCUCCCUCGCAUCAGGCAUCUUUGCCCAAAGAUGGGAAACCGAGCAUCUCCAUUGAAGUCAACACAGAGAUAUCGUUAUCCUCGAUGUCAACCCACAAGACACUACCUAUGAACACCCAUCGUGUUUCGUUUGGUGGAACAUCAUUGCUCCCAGAGCAACUUCACCAGCAUCGGAAUCCGUCCACCAACCAGAUCAGAGGCCCGAUCUCCCCUAUAUCAUCGAACUCGCCGCGCUUCCCUAUGCGAACGCUCUCUCACAGCACAUCCCCGAGAGCACCAAACCCCUCGUUGUCCAAGGAAACCACAGGACACCACUCGUUCCCACGGAGCACCCGCACCGCCUCAAUGGACAAGGAACUGCCCGCAGUGCCACCACAAGCGCCCCCUACCACACCACCCGUCUGCAGCUCUCCAGCCAUGGGUAUCAGCAACACGCCUAGCUCUUUGAGUCCUCCUGGCCUUUCCUGGCUGUCAACCAAUAUGGACUCGAAAUCCAGCUCGGUCUAUUCCCGGUCCGAGUAUGCGCCUACGCAGUCGUCCACAAGCGAGCUCUUUCCACCGCCGCUGGCGAUCGGCUCACCGAGAUGA